AUGCCGCCAAAACAUAGAAGAACUAGAACUAAACCAUCGUACGAAUCUGAUGAAGAAUCAAACAGCGACAGUAACGAAAAUAACAUUCGUUAUAUUCAUGAAGAUGAGGAAACAGGAUUGAAUGACGAGGAAAUGUUCGAUUCUGAAGAGUCUAGUGAAGAUGACAAUGAUAAUACCAAAGACGAUGACUACUUCCCAACUAAAGAAGGUAAAAGAAAGGCAGUAUCUAAAAAAAGACAACAAGAAAGAGUUAACAAGAAACGUAAAACUCUAUCGUAUUCUUCUAGGACGGCUACUAGUGCAGCUUCCGACGAAACUAGGGAAGAACAAGAACAAUAUUUGGAGAUUGUCAAGGAGUUUGAACAUUCCGAAUUAUUCUCUAUUUUGGCAUCAUCUGAUGAAAUUUCAAUUUCUGAAAUAGUUCGAGAAUUAUUGGAACAAUACUCAGAAAAUAGAGAUGAAGUUAUUCAAAAGUUUAUUAAUCUCUUACUAGACUGUUGUGGAGCGAUGAUUCACGUACAAAAUCAUGAUAUCCAUAGUAAUGAAUCUGCAAGUGAUACCCUUUCUGAAUUGCAAUUAUCGUUUCAAAAUCAAAAAAUUCACGAAUUCAACUUAUUAAUAAGUAAAACUAAAAGAAGGAAUACCCAAAUUAAGCCUUUAUAUCAAAAUUUUGAAGAGUUCAUGUUCCAAUUUUUGGAAAUCGCUGAUGAUCUGCAACUACUAUACAACGAAGACGGCGACCAAGAUAAUACGGAUGAUGAAGCAAAUUUUAGAGGAAUGAAAAUGGGACCUCUAAUAUUGGAUUUGUUGACAUGGCUAUCUGCUUUUUCUGUUUCAAAAAUAAGGUGUUUCAGAUAUGUUUCCACUUUGACGCUAUAUACAUUUCAAGAUUAUUUAUCAGCACAUGCUGUUAGCCUGGAGAAGGAUUAUUUGGCAAAGUUAACAAAACAACUAAAGAUGGAAAAUAAGAAAAAGAGACCCAACAAAAAAACGAUAGAAAAAUUAGAGGAAAACGUGGAAGAAAUCCAAAGCAAUAAAGCUAUAAUCGACAAUAUUAUUGACAAUAUUGUAAAGCUGUGCUUUGUCCAUAGAUUCAAAGAUGUAGAUGAAGCUAUUCGCUCUGAAUCAAUGUCGCACUUGGCCAUUUGGAUUGAAAAUAACCCAGAGUACUUUAUGAAAGUUACAUUUUUGAAAUACUUCGGCUGGCUCUUGAGUGAUUCAUCCGUAAAUGUCAGAUUACAAAUCCUAAAGUCGUUACCAGAUAUCAUUAAGUCAAGUCAUCAUUCUGCAAUGGUAGACAAUGCCGCAAUAAGACAGUUUUUUGAAAGAUUUAAGAGCAGAAUAUUAGAAAUUGCUACAAUGGAUAUUGACAUGGAGGUGUCGAUUAAUGCAAUUAAUGUAUUGAUCGAGGCCUCAUCCCUGGAUUACUUGGAAGAUUCUGAAAUCCUAAUGAUAUCUAGUUUAAUAUUUAACAACGAGGAUACAAAGGUUUCUUCCACAAGUAAGAAUUCUAGAUUAAUGGCAACCGUUGCAAAAUUCCUGGCACGUGUAAGCAACCAGAAAUAUGAAGCAUUUAUAAAUAGCAUCAAAUUGAAUGAAAAUAGCUCUACCAUAAAGACGUCUGUCAUAAUUAAAAUUGGAACCAUUAUGAGAAUUCUAAAUUGUUCCCUUUUGUAUUUCAUAGACAAUAAUAAAAACUAUGAUCCUUCUUUGGUUUCUCGUUCUCAGAUAUUGUUUCAAGCAGCUGAGUUCUUAUAUCCAUUUUUUGGUUCCCAGGUUGACAGUAUUUGUCGACUGUUAGCAGAUGACGAUCAGUUUUCACAAGUUUAUCAAGAAAUUACCAAGGUGUCCGAUGAUGACGAUGAUAAUGAUGAGAUGAACAUUGAUAACAAUGAACCAUUGUCCCAAACAAGAAUUGAUAGGGCACCUUUAUUCCCUACUGAGAAUGAAAACGUUACAUUUUAUAUUAUAGUUUUAAGUGGUCUCUGCGACGGUGGUAUGAAUGGAAGAAACCAAAACAAAUAUUCAAUUGCGACUUCGGUACUACCCCAUUUAGAAAAUUUAUUAAAAAAUCUAUCUAUUAAUUCUACUAGCAUCUUUUUGCAGAUACUAAGCAUUUUUAAUUUGUUUAAUUUUGAUGAAUGGGUUCAUUCAGGAUGUGAAAAGGAUAUAAAGGGCAUUAACUCAAUGAUCUUAAAGGGGUUCAGUGGUGUAGUUCUAAUGCAUACCGACUCAAACGAUAUUACGUAUGAAACUUUCUCAAAGACAGUUCAUCACAUUAAAGAAUUUCAUUUAAAGGAUAUAGAUGAAGUAUGGUUAAACGAAAUUUCUAUGAUCAAAUUGCAGUUUGAAAAAUAUAUAACUGAAAAGAAUAAUUAUCAGGCUGAUCUUGAUUUUGGAGAAUAUACAAACUCUAUUUAUUCACAGUAUGUUAACAGAUUGGUACUAUUAGGAAAAGAGUAUCCCAUUGAAUUCUCUUCGGACUUAUUGAAACUCUUUAUUGACAAAUUUAUGUCAAAACUAAUAUAUGAAGUUGGAUUGGGUAGUAUUGAGAAUAUUGAAGUUAUUAAUUUUAAAUUACCAGUUAUUCUCGUUACAUGGGAAUUACAAAAAUGGAUAGAUAUUUUGGAAAAAUCGAAUUCCGUACCUGGAUUGCCAUCGGAUGACCCUGAAAGAAGUUCAAAUAUGACAAAUGUCAGUUCCGUUAGAAAUGCUUUGUCAUACAUGUCAAGUAUAAUUGUAAACAUGGAAUCUGUAUUAAUCCAAAUCAAUAAUCUAACUGGGGUUGAUGAAGUAGUUGUUCAUAAGUUGAGAUCAUCACUAGCGUCUUCUCUGAUCGACGUAUUGGUAGCUACUAAAUGCUUUGAACUUCAACUACCAGAGGAUGAAAUAAACUGGAAAGAAAUGUUACACGAUGUUAUACACGAUUCUUAUCUGAAUGAAGAAGUUUACAAUGCUUUGUUAGAUACCUUCUUAUAUUUUGAAAGUAUAUAUGCAAGAGAUCAAGGUAUUCAACUUGACAGGAGUCAUGAUGAAGAUGUUACGCUAAAUGAAGUUGCUUUAGACAGUGAAAACAUGACUUCGGAAAGAGAUUUACUUGUAUUUACAAUCAAACUAAUAGGAUUAAAGAAGCUAGAACUUUUAGAUGACAAAACAAGUACUAGAGUGUCAUUAAACAAAGAGAUCCUUGGUCCUCUUUUUAAAAGUGUUAUUGACGAUUCAAUCUUUGAUGAUGCUAAUAAUGGUACCACUAGAAGUCUCAAGAAUAAUGCUGCACAGUUGAUAACUUCACCUGAACCGCUUCUAAGUCGUGAAACCUCAAAUAUUGCUCAGACUUCAGAUAGAUUAUCUGAUCAAAAUGAAUCCGAUUCGUCUAUUUCAUCAAAUUCCAAUACUAAUUCUAAUAGAAGGAGCAAGCAAUUGAUGGAUUUAAAUAUAAUUGAAGAAAAUUCGGAAGAAUUAGAUGUUGACUAA